CCUGUUCCGGACUUCGGAACAACAGACCUUCAUUAGGUCUGAUACGUUCAUUGUAAACAUUGCUACCAAUUGCAAUAUCACUGUAAAUGGAAGGCUGGUAGAACCAGUUGCAGUGAAUAUGUUCUCAGCUGUGGUGGUGUCUUUGCUCUGUUUAAUUUCCGUACAAGGAAAGGUUUCUUAUGAAGGGCAUUUGGUGCUGCGAAUAACACCACAAUCUGAGAAUGAGGUUGAAUCUGUCUUGCAAGCUCAAGUGAUAGCUGAGGAGAAAGGCUAUGACAUAUGGCACCUCUCAACUGGCGUGGGGACACCGCUAGACAUCCGUGUCUCCCCAGAAGAGUACCAAGAAGCGUAUCAACGAUUUUCUGACCUUGACCUUGACCACGAGAUCAUCAUCAGUGACGUUGAGGCAGCGUCUUCCUCGUCGUGUGGGGACUGGUUUGAUUAUGGUUGUUAUCAUAAUUUGGAAGAAAUAAACACAUGGAUAACGGAAACGGCAGACACCUAUUCCAAUAUGGCAGAAGUUGUCACAGUAUCAGCAAGUUUCGAGGGAAGAAGCAUCAUGGGACUGAAGAUCAGCUCACCGGGAAACGGCGCCUCAAAUGCAGCAAUAUGGCUCCACGGAGGGAUCCAUGCCAGAGAGUGGAUCUCUCCAGCCACACUCAUCUACAUGACCAACUCACUGCUGCGUGGCUACAACGACGAGAGGAGGGAUGUUGUACAAAUCAUCGACGGGUUUGACUGGUACAUUGUACCAGUCCUGAAUGCUGACGGCUACCAAUACUCGUGGACCGACGAUCGGAUGUGGAGGAAGACCCGGAGCAACCGUUCAACAAGCGACUGUGUCGGAGUGGACCCCAACCGGAACUGGCCCUACCAGUGGGGAGAUUCAGAAGGCUCCAGCGGGAGUGCCUGUUCAGAGACAUACCGCGGACCCAAGGCAUCUUCCGAGCCAUGUGUCAAUGGCGCUAUCACGUAUCUGAAUAAUCUCAGUGAGGACGUUACAAUCAGGGGCUUCAUUGACAUGCACAGCUAUUCCCAGUUGUGGAUGACUCCGUGGGGGUACACCAAAGAUGUCCCAGAAACUGACUUCGAUAAUCAGGAUGCUUCAUCUAUUGCUGCCGUGCAUGCCAUCAGCAACUCUGGCGGCCCCGUGUACGACCAUGGCACAAUAGCAAACACUAUAUAUGUUGCUAACGGGAACAGCGUGGACUGGGCCUAUGGAAAACUAGGGGUUGUUUACUCCGCUGGUGUUGAGCUGCCAGACAAAGGGAAAUAUGGGUUCUUAUUGCCAGAAGACCAAAUAACACGAGUUGGAAACGAAACGUUCCAAGGACUUGUAGCAUGGGCGACGUACGUCCUAGAACACUGAUGGCAAUAAAUGCUGCCUGGAAUAACA